UCAAGACUAUAUCAACUGUUUAAGUUAAAUUUAUAAUUUUGUAUAAAAUAUUUAAGCCUGAUCAUUGGUUUGGAUACUUGUCUCGUGUUCAUGCAAUUUUUAAAUUACACAAAGUAUGUAAAAAGAUGGUUUUCAGUAUUGAUGCCAAAAAUAGUUCCAUUUUUAUAUGGGAAUGGAGGUAACAUUAUUAUGGUUCAGGUUGAAAAUGAAUACGGCCAUAACGAUUUAGGGAACUGUGAUAGGGAGUACAAGUUAUGGCUUAGAGAUUUAAUACUCUACUAUGUUGGUGAACAAGCUCAACUUUAUACAACUGACGAAUGUGGCUUAUCUUAUUUGAAGUGUGGGCAUAUUCCAAAUGUAUUAUCUACUGUUGAUUUUGCUGCAUUGGUUAAUGUAACGGAGUGUUUGGAUUUUUUGAGACAAGUUCAAAAAAAAGGGCCAUUAGUAAACUCUGAGUUUUACAAUGGAGGGGUCGGGUUUUGGGACAACCCAAGGCCGGCUAGAUAUACCAAGGACAUAAUACGAGUGUUGAACUAUUUUUUGGCAACCAACGUAUCUUUCAACUUUUUUAUGUUCCAUGGCGGGACCAACUUUGGAUUUACUACUGGUGCUAAUACAGUUGGGACAACUUUCAAUAAAACUGGCUAUCAACCGCAAUUGACUUCGUACGAUUUUACCGCUCCACUAAACGAAGCUGGUGAUCCGACAGAAAAGUACUAUGCUAUAAAACAGACUUUAAAAAAAGCGAAUUUUCCAACUGCGUCAACUCCAAAAAUUUCACCGAAAGGCAAUUAUGGAACUGUAAAUUUGUUGCCCGUUGUCAGUUUAUUUGAUAACGCAGCCCGACGUCUUGAAUCUAUCUUAAAUGACGUACCAUUAUGCUUUGAAGAUAUGGAUAUAAAUCAAGGGCUAGUAUUGUAUGAAACUAAUUUACCAAUGAUUACAGGAUUAACCAAAUUACCACUAGUUAUCAAAUCGCUAAGUGAUCGAGCAAUUAUUUUUUUAAAUAAUGUAAAAUUAGGAACACUGAGUAGAUCUUACGAUAAUACGACAAUGGAAUUAUCAGUAAAUGGUAGUAAUCAAAAACUGAGUAUUCUUGUCGAAAAUCAAGGAAGAAUUAACGACAAGAAAUUUUUGGAGGAUAGAAAGGGAAUUUUGUCAAACGUUACGCUUGGAACGUACGUUCUAGGUCCUUGGGUAAUGACUGGAUAUCCGUUGAAUGAAACAUCGUGGUUAGAAACUCAAAAUAUUCAACCGAACGUCAAACCACCAGCUU